UCGAAGCGUUCCGCUUUGGUUUGGAAGAAGAAUAUAGCUGCUGUUCAGUUGCUCGCAGACGUUCAGAUAGUGUCGAAGAUGUACCGGACAAUCAAGCUCGUACUGAUACUCGCCGCCGUAAUUGGCGUUGCGCUAGGAUCAUCACUAAACGAUGAAUACGAUAGUGAUAAACGACUUCAUCCGAGGCUGCCCGACGAAAACUUGAAGAAACUACCAAAAAGCAAAAAUGCGGAACAAGAACAAACGAUUGAGUACUGGAGAAAUCAGGCAAAGGCCACGGUUGAGCAGCUGCGGGAGAAGAAGGAAAACACAAACAUUGCCAAGAAUGUCAUCAUGUUUCUGGGCGAUGGAAUGUCCAUCUCCACCGUUGCAAUGGCACGAGUUUACGCCGGUGGUGAGGAGAUUCCACUGUCUUUCGAAAAGUUCCCGUACAUUGGAAUGUCGAAGACGUACUGCGUGAACUAUCAGGUGGCCGAUUCGGCUUGCACAGCCACCGCCUAUCUGACAGGUGUGAAGGGCAAUUACGAGACGAUUGGUGUGAAUGCGCACGUACCGGUACGUGAUUGUGAGGCUGGCCGGAACCGUAGCACGCACACCACCUCCAUCGGGCAUUGGGCGAUGGAUGCGGGUAAGGAUGCUGGCAUAGUGACGACGACACGCGUCACACACGCUUCCCCGUCCGGUAUGUACGCUCACAUCGCGUUCCGGGACUGGGAAGAUGAUUUCUGGGUACGACAGGAUGGUUGCGAUGCGGACCGGGUGGAUGAUAUUGCGGAACAGUUGGUGUACGGUGAGACAGCUCCAAAACUGAGAGUGAUUUUGGGUGGUGGACGACGUGAGUUUAUGGAUAAGGACAUUCAUCAAGACUACGAGACGGGAAAAGGAGGAUAUCGAUCGGACGGAAGACAUCUGAUCAACGAAUGGUUGCGGAAUGGUCCUGUCGGAGAGAACCGAACGUUUGUGUGGAAACGAUCGGAUCUGCUGGCAGUGGAUCCACACCGGACAGAUAGAUUGCUCGGAAUGUUUGAACCAAGCCAUUGUGUUUACAAUUUGGACAAAGUGCACAAAAAUCUUGACGAAGAGCCAACGCUCUCGGAGAUGGUGGAUAAGGCGACAGAUAUCCUUAGUACCAACCCGAAUGGAUUCUUCCUGUUCGUGGAGGGCGGUCGCAUCGAUCACGGACAUCAUGACAAUCAGGCACGAUACGCCAUUGAUGAAACGGUGGAGUUCGCGAAAGCGAUAGAGUUAGCCCGUAAAAAGUUCAGUGAAGAAGACACGUUGAUCGUGGUGACAUCUGAUCACUCUCACAGUGUAAGCUUUUCAGGGUACCCGAACCGUGGAAAUGACAUCUUUGGUACAGCGGGUACUGGAAAGGAUGGAAUACCGUACAUGACGAUCAGCUACGCAAACGGGCUUGGGUUUCACAAGCAUGUCGAUAAAGCAAAGGGAGAGCGUGCUAAUGUGCGAAAUAUGGAGGACGCUGGUGCAGAUAACUUUGAGUUUCCCGCCACCCUGCCAGUCGAGCUAGAAACGCACGGUGGUGAAGAUGUGGCCGUGUACGCAUCUGGACCAUGGUCCCAUCUAUUCACCGGUUCGUACGAACAGAACGUCAUACCGCACAUGAUGGCGUAUGCCUCGUGUAUUGGGAAUGGGUUAAAAGCUUGUACGAAUUAAUCAGUCUCAAAAUUGAAUAUCCAAUAAAGU